GUGUACCACUAUGAAUAAUUGAUUAAUGAUUCUUAUAAACAAAAUCUUAAAUAUUCACAAGACAUUGAUAUUCCCUACGCCACGAGGAAAAACAAAUAAUAUAAUGAAGCUGGGAAAGUGAAGAAAUCACAUGGUGGUGUCUUUACAUCAUUUCCCAUCUUCUUCUUUAGGUCUAUAUAUUAAUAUAAAAGAAGAUAGAAAAUGGAGAGAUAGACAAAAACACAGCAUCUCAUCUCAAAUCAGAGGGCGAUGGAGGAGAAAGGCAAGUUUCAUUUUCACCGUCAUCGUUUGACACCGAGUAAUAUGUCAUGUUUCCGCUGCUAUUUGUGCUGUUGUUGGUCCUACUCCUCCGGAAUUGGAAGUUACUGGUGCCAGAUGUGCCAAUGUUACUUCCACAAGGAAUGCGCAGAGUCGCCAUUGGAGCUCCAUCACCACCCUUAUCACCCUACUCACCCUCUCUCUCUCCGUCCCAUUGAUCGAGCUAUAGCUUCUAUAUGCGGUUAUUCUGGUGAAGAGCUCGGAUUAGGAUGGGCAUAUCACUGUCAGAUCUGCGAUUUCUGCGUUCAUCUCAGUCACGUCAGGGAGCCACCGGCUCUCGAGGUGGCUCAGCCCAAGAGUCACUGCCAUAAGCUCUUCCUCCUUCCCAAACCACGUCCCUUCACAUGUGAUGCUUGUGGUCUAAUGACUGUUCCUUCCUCUCUUCCUUGGGCUUGUCUCGAAUGCGGGGUCAUGAUCCAUAAGCAGUGUAUGGACUUACCACGCCUCAUCAGGAUCUCCCGCCACCCACCACACCGUCUCUGUUACGUUCCAUCUCCCCCUCCACCGCCUCAUGAAUCAUCGUGGUCAUGUGGAGUUUGUCGCAAAGUCGUCCAUGACCAUUACGGGGCAUAUUCCUGCGUCAAAGACGACUGCCAUUAUGUCGUCCACUCAAAGUGUGCAACAAGAAAAGAUGUGUGGGAUGGGAAAGACCUCGAAGGAGAACCCGAAGAACUCGAAGAUGUCGAGGAGCCAUUCGAGGUUAUAGACGAGAAAACAAUACACCAUUUCAGUCACGAUCAUCAUCUGAAACUGGAAGGUGCAAGCUUUGACGGAAGGGAACACUGUAGAAUAUGUGCUCUUCCAUUUUGUAUUCAUACGGGUAAUAUCUACAGCUGCACGCAAUCUGGUUGCCGUUUCAGUCUCCAUGAAACAUGUGCAAAUCUAUCAAAAAAGACGUGGUGCAUGCUACAUCCCCACCCUCUCAAACUACAAGCCAACACAUCGACUAUUUUGCAUUGCGAAGUUUGUCUUAGGCUGUGUCUUGGCUUCGUAUACACGUGUUGCACAGAGGAUUGUCAUUUCAGCAUAGAUGUGAAUUGUGUUUCAGUCUCCGAGCCCUUGAUCCAUAUACGCCAUCCGCAUCCUCUUUUCUCCAUCUCAAUUUCGAUGGAUGGCAAGGUAUGUUCUGUUUGCAAAGGACAAGCAGAUACCAAUGGAAAGAUGAUGGAGUGCAUUGAAUGCGACUUCAACUUCUGUUUCAAGUGCAUAACUCUACCAUCAAAGGUAAGGUACAAACAAGAUAGACAUCCUCUGGUUCUUGGAGGCAGUGGUGAAGAAGAGGCCGCCAUAGGUGGAGGAAGCUGGUGGUGUGAGAUCUGCGAGGGGAAAAUGGAACCAGAGGAGGAAAUGUACUACACAUGUGACAGUUGUUGUGUCACUGUACAUGCCCAUUGCAUUCUGGGAGAAGAGCCAUAUGUGAAGACUGGUCAUUAUUCCUUUAUGUGGGGGGAAGAUGAUUAUGAAGUUGCUGCGAAUAUCAGUUGUUGCCGACCAUUGUGCCAUCGAUGUGGAAAGCGUUGCCCAUUCCCCGUUGUUUUCAAGGAAAAUGAUCUUCAUUUCUGUACUCUCAAUUGCCUUUCGGCUUUUGGGUUAAACAUUCCAUUGGAAUAGCAAUAUAUAUUUUGACCUCUUUCUUCGCUUCGGGGGCGGAGGUCCUACGGUAAGGUAACAGCAAUCUGACCGAAGG